UAUUUAUGAAAAAGCUUGUCCAGAUCUCUAGAAGUGGGGUAGUUCUGUUACUUCAAAUGGUCAUUCAGUUCAGAACUUUUGAUCAUAAAUAACUUAAUCCUCAUUUUAUUGGUGUACAGCUCUAUCGAGAUUGGAACCCAGGAUUCCAUGCAAAUUAACCAUUUUCAAUUUUUAAUUAUUUCUUGUUGGAAGUUACGUUCACGUAGAUGACCUCACCGAUCGGGCAGGGCUUUGGCUGUUGUUGUAUUUUUGAAAGUCUUUUUGACAAGAAAGGAAAGCUUCUUGGUUUGUCAAGCAGUCCGAUUCAGAUAUGGAAAGAUGGUGCCUUUGUUGAGCAAUCCUCUACAGAUAUAUGGCUUGCGGUUUGUGCAGCUGUAAAAGCAGCUUGCUCUAAAGCUAAAGUUGCACCAACAGAAGUACAGGGUCUGGGAUUUGCAGCUACCUGUUCUCUUGUUGCUGUGGAUUCUGACAGCUCACCUGUUUCGGUUUCUUUGAGUGGUGAUUCAAGAAGAAAUGUUAUUGUAUGGAUGGAUCAUAGAGCCGUGGAACAAGCUGAAAGGAUCAAUUCCUCUAAAUCACCUGUAUUGGAGUAUUGUGGUGGAGCUGUUUCACCAGAAAUGGAGCCUCCAAAGCUUCUAUGGGUUAAAGAAAAUUUGCAAGAAUCCUGGUCAAUGGUUUUCAGGUGGAUGGACUUGAGUGAUUGGUUGUCAUACAGGGCCACCGGGGAUGAUACUCGCAGUCUAUGCACCACUGUUUGUAAAUGGACUUAUCUGGGUCAUGCACACAUGCAGCAUGUCAAUGAUAACAACUCUCGAGAUAUGGAAGCAUGUGGAUGGGAUGACGACUUUUGGGAGGAAAUUGGUUUGGGUGAUCUUAUUGAAGGACAUCAUGCUAAGAUAGGGCGAAGUGUUGCUUUCCCUGGCCAUCCUCUGGGUUCUGGUCUUACUCCAACUGCAGCAAAGUGCUUAGUUGGAAGAGUGAACACAACCUUCCUCCACCUACAGGGAUUGGUUCAGGAGUUGGGUCUGGUACCGGGAAUUGCUGUUGGGACAUCACUAAUAGAUGCUCAUGCUGGUGGCGUGGGGGUAAUUGAAAGUGUGCUACCAUCAGAAACUGAAGAACAUGACAAGGAAGCUAUUUGCAAUCGUAUGGUGUUAGUUUGUGGAACUUCUACAUGCCAUAUGGCAGUAUCUCAGAAGAAAUUGUUCAUUCCAGGGGUUUGGGGUCCAUUUUGGUCAGCAAUGGUACCAGAAUAUUGGCUAACUGAAGGUGGGCAGAGUGCUACUGGUGCAUUAUUGGAUCAUAUAAUCGAAAGUCAUGCUGCUUCUACACUCCUUGCAAAUCGAGCUGCUUCCCAAGAUAUUUCAGUGUUUGAGCUUCUGAACAAGAUGUUGGAAACAAUGACAGUUGAGCAGAACCUAUCCUUUGUUGCUGCCUUGACUGAAGAUGUACACGUGCUUCCUGACUUCCAUGGGAAUAGGUCUCCCAUUGCAGAUCCAAAAGCAAAAGGUGUCAUCUAUGGUUUGACACUUGACACAAGUGAGAAACAGUUAGCUCUCCUUUACCUGGCAGCUGUGCAGGGCAUUGCAUAUGGCACACGUCACAUUGUAGAGCAUUGCAAUGCUAAUGGUCACAAAAUCAACACACUACUUGCGUGUGGUGGCCUUUCAAAGAAUUCUAUCUUCAUGCAAGAACAUGCUGAUAUUAUUGGUUGCCCCAUAAUUCUUCCGAGGGAAAGUGAAUCUGUGCUCUUAGGUGCGGCUAUUCUGGGUGCUGUUGCUACCAGGAAAUAUCAUAACCUUAGGGAGGCCAUGCAAGCCAUGAAUGCACCUGGCGAGGUCAUUCAUCCAUCUAAGGAUCCAAAGGUCAAAAAGUACCAUGAUGCCAAAUACAAGAUCUUCCGUGGCCUUUAUGAACAGCAGCUGUCUUAUCGUUCCAUGAUUGCCCAAGCCUUAUCAUAGCAUUGCAGAAUAUUUUAUUCAAAGCGCCAAUUGAGGUGCUCCUCGCGAAGUUUUCAUAUUCGUGCCUCGAGAAUGAAUGUUUUAGGAUAGAGAAAGAAAUUAUGGCCAGAAUAUUACCAAUUAGACGAAUAUUUUCAUGGUUGUAUUUCUGUGGUAGGUUAGACAUUGAAAAAUUCAGAAAUACAACGAAAAAUAAUCCCCGAUAUCGACGUUAAAAUUCUAAAAAAAAUUUUAUGUCCAGACCCACUGAUAGCUUGUAGGUUACUGUACAAAUACAGCCAGUUUGAUACUUUACUAACAUUAUUUGUCUGUAUAAUGUACCAUAUGAUUUUUUAGAAUUCUUGGAACCCUCAUCAUGGUUUCAUAACUUA